AAGUUCAUAUCGAUCACACGUGAUAAUUGAAAUUGAUAAAAAGUAUCCGUUCGGAUAAACAAUGGUAGAGAUUUUUCAGUAGAUCUGUUACUAUUCUUUGAACUACUCUCCGUUCCGUUCAAGAAUCUCCUAUAAAAAAUGAACUUAUAGCUCCUUCGCCAAAAUUUUAAUGUCAACCAUUCAAAUUAGUUAAAUAUAAAAAGAAUAGUAUUGAAACCAUGGUUUUUGUUUCAGAAAAAAAAGCAGGAUCAGGAUACGGCUAUCGUCAUGUACAGUACGUCUUAUUGUUCUGGGCAGCCACUAUAGCUUAUGGAAUGAGAACAAUCCUGAAUGUGGCAAUAGUUGAAAUGGUUUCGGAAGAUUCAGAAGGCAAGGACUAUCCAACAUAUCCAGAAUGGGCAGAAAAGAAAAAUAUGAUAAUUUCCUCAUUUUUCUGGGGUUACAUUUGCCUUCAAGUAGGUGCAGGACAGAUUGCAAAAAAUUAUGGUCCAAAAUUAUUCUUGGGCAGUGCCCUAUUCAUUGCGUCGCUUUUCUCCAUACUAAUUCCCAUAUUCGGAAAAGAAUUUGGAUACACUGGAGUGAUGGUAUGCAGAAUUAUCCAAGGCUUGAGUCAAGGUUUCUUGUUACCUUCAAUCCAUAACCUCCUGAGCUCGUGGUCACCUCUAUCGGAAAGGUCCAAAUGGGGAGGAAUGGUUUAUAAUGGUAUGGCUAUGAGUAGCGUUAUUGCUAUGCCUUUAACAGGUGCAAUGUGUUCAACCAAAGCAGGUUGGCCAGUAAUUUUUUACUUGUACGGAAGUCUAGGAAUGCUCUGGUGCGCAUUUUGGUUCAUUUUUGGAGCAGAUAAUCCAUCCAGACACAAAAACAUAUCAAAAGAGGAAAAAGAAUAUAUCGAAUCCGAUUUAAAUUCUGAAGACGAUGACUAUUCUAAAAUUCCAACUCCUUGGCUAUCAAUUUUAACUUCUGUGCCAUUCAUAAGUAUACUAAUAAGUCACGUUGUACAAAACUGGGGAUUCUGGACUCUACUCACGGAAAUACCGAGUUUCAUGGAAAAAAUCAUGGGUUUGGAUAUAGCAUCGAACAGCUCUUUAUCAGCGUUGCCCUAUUUUGUGAUGUUCCUUUUGGCUUUUGUAAUGAACCCCAUCUCUGACAUGUUAAUUGACAGAAAAAUAGUCAGUGUUACAACGAGCCGAAAAAUUUUCAAUACAAUAGGUUUUGCUGUUCCAGCUGUGGCGUUGAUAUCUUUGAUAUGUGUCGAGAAAAGUAACAAAAUUGGAACGAUUUCCAUUCUCAUAAUUGCAGUUGGAUUCAAUGCUGGUCAUUUCAGUGGAUUCAAUCUGAAUCAUAUAGACCUGUCUCCAGUCCAUUCAGGAACAUUGAUGGCUAUCACUAACAGUAGCGCCACGGUUGCUUCAAUUCUAGCUCCACUGGCAGUGGAUCUAUUCAAACAAAUAAGUGGAUAUGAAGAGACCGAUAAAGAACUUUGGAACAUCGUUUUCUGCACUGCUGGUGUGAUUUAUUUGUUUGGAGCUCUCAUCUUCGACAUAUUUGGGACAGCAGAGCUGCAGAAGUGGAACCGUUCAGACAAAAAAACUGCUGAACAAAAUAUUCCUGACAAAGUUCGACUGAAAAUUUUGAGAAAAAUUUCCACAACCAUGUCCAUGUGUAAACCUGGAAUUCGCCAUCUUCAGUAUAUCCUUAUGUUUAGUGGAGCUGUAAUAGUUUAUGGUAUGAGGACGGUUCUGAUUGUCGGUAUUGUUGCAAUGACAGAUCCAAUUGAUCCCACAAAAAAAUACCCGACCUACCCAGGAUGGAAAAGCAGUCAGAAUGUCAUACUUUCAUCUUUCUCUUGGGGGCAUAUAUGGUUCCAAAUAAUAGCUGGACAGUUCGCAAAAAACUACGGACCAAAAUAUUUCUUAACAAUCGCUAUUGCUCUGUCAGCUCUAUGUAUACUAUUGAUUCCGUGCUUUGCAGAGGUGUUUGGUUUCAAGGGAAUCAUCGCUUUGAGAGCAAUCGAAGGAGCACUGCAUGGAGUUCUUUUUCCUUCGGUUCAUUUUUUACUGAGUAAAUGGGCACAUAAAUCUGAGCGAGCUAAAUGGGGAAGUUUCGUGUAUGCAGGUCAAGUGCUAGGUAACUGCUUGGCAAUGCCAAUUACUGGGAUGAUUUCUGCUUCUGAUGGUGGUUGGCCAGUGGCGUUUUACUUUUACGGAUCUUUGGGGAUGGCUUGGAGUAUUUUAUGGUUUUUAUUCGGCUCCAAUACUCCGAAAACAGACAAAAGAAUUUCAAUCGAAGAAAGAAAGUGGAUAGAAUCCGGAACUGUCGUUGAAAAGAAAAAGAAACCACCUACUCCUUGGAAAUCCAUUUUCACAUCUGUUCCUUUCAUGGCUAUAGUAAUCACCCAUUGUGGUCAAAAUUGGGGAUUUUGGACCUUACUUUCCAAAAUACCAAGUUUCAUGAAGGAAAUAUUGAAUUACAAAAUUGACUCGAAUAGCUAUUUAUCAGCACUUCCUUAUUUCGUCAUGUGGUUGAUGAAUCUCAUGUUCAGCCCCAUAGCGGAUUACAUAAUUGCUAAAGGACUGACCAGCGUUUCUGUCAGCAGAAAAAUUUUCAAUUCCAUUGGACUAUUUAUACCCGCCUUAGCCCUGAUAUCUCUGAGCUUCAUCGAAAGUACAAAUAAGGAGGUUAUCAUAAUCAUCUUGGUCAUAACUGUUGGAUUCAAUGCCGGUCACUAUUGUGGAUUCAAUAUCAAUCACAUGGACAUAUCUCCGACAUUCUCUGGAACACUGAUGGGCAUAUCAAACAGCAUUUCCGCCAUUUUCACCAUCAUGGCACCAUUGGCGGUAGAUGCCUUCAAAGCCAUAUCUGGAUAUGAAGAGACGGAUAAACAACUCUGGAAUAUAAUAUUCAGCGUGUCGGCUGGUUUCUAUAUUGUUGCGGGAUGUAUCUUCAUUAUUUUCAGCUCAACAGACAUCCAACCUUGGGACUCUCCUGAGAAUGAAGACAACAAAACAAGUUCCAGUAAAACAUUAAAAGAGGUUGCAUCAUAAUGUGAAUUAUGUAAUUGUAAAUAUAAUUGACCAAAACUCUUCAAAAGAAGCCGGCCUAA